UAGAAUGGUCGAGGAAGGGGGUAAAGAGCCAGGGGAGGAGAAGGAACAAGAACUUAAACCAUUAAAUGAGAAGAAAACUUCUGUUGAGAGAGGACAUUGGGAACACUCAUUGGACUUUCUUGUCUCUUGUUUAGGCUACGCUGUUGGACUCGGAAAUGUUUGGAGAUUUCCUUUCCUGUGUUUCCAGCAUGGAGGGGGGACAUUUCUUAUUCCGUACUUUUUUAUGCUGUUCUUUGCUGGACUUCCUGUAUUUUUCCUGGAGGUGUCCAUCGGCCAGUACGCUGGAGUUGGGCCGAUUAAAAUCUUUGGCCGAAUGGCCCCCCUGGCCGGUGGUUUAGGGUUGGCGGUAGUGGGAGUCAGUCUUUUCCUAGCAUUUUUCUACAAUGUGGUCGUCAGCUGGUCAAUGUGGUAUCUUAUGGCGACCUUUGCAGGAAUGGAGUGGGAAAACUGUGGCCAUUGGUACAAUACACAAAACUGUUGGUCAAAAAAGGCAAGUUUGCUAUGUGAAGAAGAAGGAAAAAUACUAAACGAAGGAAGUUGUAUGGAACUAUCAAGUGUAUGCAGGGAUCACAACAUGGAGUUAUACAGUUCAAAAUACUGCUCUAACUCAACAUACCAGGUUGGAGUGGAGAAGCUGUUGAAUAAAAGCUCUGCUGUUGAGGAAUAUUUUGAGAGAUAUGUUCUAGGGAAUAUUAAUGCUGAUUGGACAAACUUUGGCUAUCCACGCUGGGAGUCAGUUCUAGCACUAGGAAGCGCUUGGGCCUUGGUAGCAAUCUGCUUGAUAAAGGGAGUAAAGUCUAGUGGAAAAGUAGUAUAUUUCACGUCGUUGUUCCCCUACCUAGUUCUAGUUCUACUGGCAGGAAGAGGGUUUACUCUACCAGGAGCUUUUAAUGGAAUCAAACUCUUUCUCAUGCCAGUCUGGUCAAAUUUAACAGAUCUAACCAUUUGGACAGAUGCAGCAACACAGGUGAUAUUUUCCCUGGGCCCUGCCUGUGGAUGUGUUAUCACACUGUCGUCUUAUAACAGUUUUACUCGGGAUUGCCACAAGGACUCUAUACUGAUUGCUCUGUGCAACUCUAUGACCAGCUUGUUCUCCGGUCUUGUUGUGUUCUCCAUUCUCGGGUUUAUGGCCCACGAAGCCGGGGUCGAGGUCAAGGAUGUCAUCAAGUCUGGGCCCGGCCUCGCUUUCAUUGUCUACCCAGAGGUUGUUACAAUGAUGUAUGGAUCAUAUGUUUGGUCAGCUCUCUUCUUCCUUAUGCUCAUUUCUUUAGGAAACAAGAAUUUUGAAAUCUGUCUUACAAACCAAUAA